AGGACUAUAAAGGGGGGGUUCAUAGACUGGGGGCCAAUACAAAGAAAACGCAUCCGACACAAACACUAAGGUGACAUUUUUUAAGUUGAUCACACAACAAGCCAUGUAGAACAAACUAGGCUGUUCUCGGAAAUAGACAUGGACGGUGGGAGAUGAGCGGCCACCACUUCACACACAGGAAUACAUGAUGGCCAUCGAAUUGCGUACGUCACCACCCAACUUGUUCAAGUGCGCUUCCCGCCCACUCAGACGGAGCGGUGCACCUUCAUGUGUGUCCUCCUCUUCCUCCUCUUCUUCAGUGACGAGUCAGAACAAUGGUGAGCUCACCGCCGGGGCACGGUCGCACGUCCAGCCGCGCGAGCUAUGAAAUGCACCCGCGGAAGAGGAGCCAGAUGGACAGCCUCGUGCAGCCGCUCGUCGCCCAGUACCUCGCGAUGGGAGGCCAGUCCAAAGACAACAGCGCCAAUGGAAAUAUCCCAGCAAACGACGGGAAGGAGAAGGAACACCCGCGGUCGACCGUGGGUACCAGCCCCAGGCCCCGGGUCUCUCCUCCUGGCCUGGCUCAGAGGUUCCACCGGCCCAGCCCCGGCCAGCAGGUGACCCAGGGCAAGAGCGUCACGCCCCCCCUGGGACACCUCCACAAAGGGGCCAGCUGGGAGGAGCUCCUGCAGGCCUGCUUGCUGACCUUUGACUCAGAUGGUGUAUGUGGGAGCAGCCACCUGUUGAACAUUACCCUCACCAUGCACCGUCUUCUCAUGUCCUCCAGCGACCUCAUGGACAAACUCACAACCCUGUUCAAAACGGCGAUGGACAACGAACAGCCCGCCGAGUGCCAGAGGAUAUGCUACCUGGUCAGGUUCUGGAUCCAGGAGUUCUGGAUGAUGUUCCGGUUGCACAGCAGCCUGUCCGACAGCCUGGAGCAGUUCCAGGAGCUGAUCCGAGACCUAGGACAGGAUCAUUUGGCUCCACUCCUGGAGACCAAGUGGAUGGAGCGAGACUGGUCGUUGAAGGCCAGCCAGAAGAUUAAGGCAAACUGCAGCAAGAAGAGGAAGGUAUCUCUUCUCUUCGACCACCUGGAACCCAUCGAGUUGGCUGAACACCUCACCUUCCUGGAGUUCAAGUCCUUCUGCAGGAUAUCUUUUGUCGACUACCAGAGCUACAUCCGCAGCUGCUGCAUGAAGGACAUCCCCGCCAUGGAACGUUCCAUCGCUCUGUGUAAUGGUAUCUCCCAGUGGGUGCAGCUCAUGGUGCUGAGCAGGCCUACAGCUCAGCUGAGAGCGGAGGUUUUCACCAAGUUUAUUCACGUGGCCAAGUGCCUCCAUCUUAUUCUCAACUUCAACACACUAAUGGCGGUGGUGGGAGGCCUGUGUCACAGUUCCAUCUCCAGGCUGAAGGACACGAGCGCACACGUACCCAGCGAGGUCACCAAGGUCCUGAAUGAGAUGACAGACCUGCUGUCGUCCUGUAGGAACUAUGACAACUAUAGACAGGCCUACGGCAGGUGUGCAGGUUUCAAGAUCCCCAUAAUGGGCGUGCACCUGAAGGACCUGAUCUCCGUCAACGAGGCCAUGUCGGACUAUGUGGAGGACGACAAGGUGAACGUGCAGAAGCUGCAGGCGCUCUACAGCCACAUCCACGAGCUGAUCCAGCUGCAGCAGACCCCGCCCCGGCUGGACGCCAACAAGGACCUCGUGCACCUGCUCACGCUGUCCCUGGACCUGUACUACACAGAGGAUGACAUUUACGAGCUGUCCUACGCAAGAGAGCCCAAGAACUGCAAGGCGCCCCCCGUCACGCCAUCUAGACCCCCAAUGGUAGUGGACUGGGCCCCGGGAGUAGCCCCCAAACCAGAUCUGCGGACCAUCAGCAAACAUGUGCAGAGAAUGGUGGACUCCGUUUUCAAGAACUACGACCACGACCAGAACGGCUUCAUCUGCCAGGACGACUUUGAGAAAAUCGCAGCCAGCUUUCCCUUCUCCUUCUGUGUCAUGGACAAAGAGAAGGAAGGCCUCAUCAGCCGAGAUGAGAUCACUGCCUACUUCAUGAGAGCCAGUGUCAUCUGCUCCAAGCUGGGCCUGGGCUUCGUCCACAACUUCCAGGAGACCACGUACAUGAAGCCCACCUUCUGUGACAACUGUUCAGGAUUCUUGUGGGGCGUCAUUAAACAAGGCUACAGAUGCAAAGACUGUGGGAUGAACUGCCACAAGCUGUGCAAGGACCAGGUGGCCUUCGAGUGCAAGAAGAACGUGAAAGGGGCGUGUGCAAGCGACAGCCCGAGCCCCAGCCUGACCCCUGUGACAACAGGGGUCCCGGAAGGCUCGGAGGACGGGCCCUUCCCCUACCCGCCAGACGAGACCCGGGAGUGGAGCCCAGGGUCCCCGGUGCAGCUGCCCCCGCUGAUACUGAGGCACCAGAGGGUCCACAGUGGCACCCAAACAGAGUGGCCCUCCCUCUCCCCCACCGCCGCCGCCGCCACCGCCACGCCCACCUCCCCCCCGGCCGACGGCGGCCGCCCUCAGCCGUUCUUCCUGUUGCCCACCCCGCCCGCCCUUCCCCCCUGCCCCAGCCCCGUGCCGCAGCGUAAGAAGCGCUCCUACGCCAAGUGGGAGAACCGGGCGUCCACCGUGCAGCGGUCCCCGGAGCAGGAGGACCGCAAACCGGGCGUGGAGGAGCUGGAGACGGAGAACCACAAGCUGCAGGAGACCAACGAGACGCUACGCAGGAGGCUGAGGGACACGGAGCGGGAGGUGCAGACGCUGCAGACGCUGCUCCGGAGAAACGCCCUGCACCGCGUGGAGGAGGACUCCUCCUCCUAGCCUCGCCGGGCCGCCACCCCUCCUAUUGAGAGACCGCCGGCGGCGUCCCGCACGAGGGCCCUCAGACCUGCGGGUCCUGAGGGGGAACCCGGCCCGCCAGCCCCUGACUGUUUCCCUCUGCUGCGUAUCGGACGCCGAGCGUCCGCCUGUUGCCAGGCAACGGGGGGGGGGUCUGCGGGUCAGAUUGGAUGGAGAGCGUGUGGGCAGAAGGGCGGAGGCUGGAGACGCUCCGAGCCGUUCCGUCGCGGCCCCCGGAUCAAUGGAGUCACGUGACUUUAUGGAUCGGCCGUACUGCCGCCUCCCUGAAUGUGACGUUGGACGUCGGUGUUCGUAUGUGCAUGCCAGGUUUUCUUGUGUUUAGGUGGUCUGUUAAGGCUCCUCUUAGAUAUUGAUAUGGGUGACUUUAUAUGACUACGGAAUGAAUCGCUAUGGGGGGGUGAGGAGAGGUGGCCCCCGCUGUAGAAGUGUGAUAAUAACUGCAUUUAUUUAGCGUUUUUCUUGUCAAGUUGAAGCACAUACACACACAUACACGUAAACACGCUGGAGACACACACACACACAAACACACACACACAAUGGACCCACACACACACACACAUAGACUGGACACACACCCCCAAACACACACUAGCACACACACACACCAACAGUGGUGUCUACCGAGUGAGGUUGCAGGGAUCAGGAUUAGACGUGCUAUGUUGAAGGUCACUUUGAAGGAGCCAGGGCUCGGAUUGGACAAAACAAUUCCCUUUAUUAAGGAAUCAACAAGCUACUUCCUAGCGCAAGUACAAGACAAUCUGCAUUUCAAUGAAGAAACAACCUACAGCCAAUUCAUUCUUAUGUACACGGUCAACCUUUCUACAUUUAGGGUAAGCCAUUUAAAGGGAGGACGAAUGUUAGCAGAAGUUGGCCUUAAAGGGGCUACUGUAAAGCAGUAUUAGGAUCAGUUUAACAGAAGUACAACAUUAAAAUGGAAAUGAUAAUGUUCUUUGCUGGUAUUUGAUUCAGGAUGGUGGUUACACUGUGAGAGCCAGCCUUUUUAAGUCCUGAAGUAAAGGCACUAUAAACUGAACAGUGGCGAUACACCUAAUGUGGUAUUAGUUGUAGUUGCCUCUUCAGCAUGUAAAUAAUUGUCAUCAAUAUAUAUACAUGUCUACAUGUAAAAGUACUCACUUCAGUGCUUACGCUGAUAUUUAUUGUUUGAAACACUACAUUGUUUAUUAUUCUAAUAAAGUUUUUUUUUUAUUGGUUUACUUAUUGAGCUAUUAAUGGUUUUGUGUCUUGCAGUAUUUUUUCUUAUCUUACGCGCACCUCUCUUCACUGUCAGUUUCUUAGUAGCAUUGCAGUAGCAAAUGGUGUAUUCUAUCCUGUGAAGCAAAUGCAAUUGUAUGAAAUGUCCUGUAAAUAAUGAGACACAUCUAGUAUUUGGUCCUGUCACUGGAGUCCUUCUGAAUUUCAUCAAUCAUGUUUUACAUUGUGGCUCUGUGUGUUCUGCUAUUGUAAUAAAUACAUUAUACAAUA